AUGGCAGCGUCCUUGCAACACCCAGAGGCGGAGCGAGAGCGCAUUCGUGAUCUAUCCAGAUACUAUUGUACUGUUGAUCAACCCGUCCUCCGCUUGGUACCCGGCCAAGACACCGAUCAGCAAGAUUCCAACGUUGAUAUUCCCGAAGACGAUGUUCCUCCCGAGGCUCGCCUGUCCUCGGAUAUCACCCUCACAGCACUGGCCCAGUUGGGUGUAUACCGGUUCGGAUGUAACCGCUCCUAUGUCUCCAUUAUCGACGGCGUGAAUCAGUAUAUCGUCGCCGAAGCCACCAAAUCCAUCUCGUUGCGUGACAAGGAUAAACACGACCCGGACGAUGGCAUCUACCUCGGUGUGCGCACGCUCGAUCUGAUUUGGGGCGUCUGUCCUCAUUCCAUCGCCCUCUUCACCGGCCAGGAUGCCUCCAAGAUCGUCGAUUCCCCCAAUCUGACCGCCAACCUAUCCCGCUUCAUUGUUCGAGAUUUCACCAAGGAAGACUUCUACAAAGAUCGCCCGUAUGUCGUCGGCUGGCCGUACUUUCGUUUCUACGCCGAGGUCCCCAUUUACAGCCCCGCUGGCUACGUGCUCGGCUCCUUCUGCAUCGUGGACGACCACCCGCGCGAUCACUUCGGAGAUGCCGAUGUCGCCACCCUCCGAGAAAUCGCCGACGCCAUCUCCCGGCAUCUGGAGCAUGUUCGUAUCGCCCACUAUCAUCGCCGCGCCGAAAGUCUGGUCAAAGGUUUGACGAGUUUCGUCAAAGGCCACUCCGAUUUUGACCCGACCGAAGUGCCCCCUGUGACGGUGCCCACGGACUCACCCCCUUCCACUACCGACUCCGAAGCGCCAGCAUGGAUUGAGACCGACACCUCCCCCGACCCCUCGGAGCCACCGACCGGCCGUCCCUCCACUGCUUCGGAGUUGACUGGGGAGCUAACAUCGCUCUUCUCUGCGGUCACGUGCUCAGAACAGAGCACUGCAACAACCUCGAUCAACCCGGCGACUCGGUCCACGAACACCGGUGGAGAUGAUGAGCCGAGCGAUACGCGGGACACGGUUUUCGGAGCGUCCGACCGCUCAGAGUUUCCCGCCGUGUCGGUGCGCCCCCCGACGAGUAUCUCGGAUAACCUGGCACGCAUUUUUGCCCGAGCCAGUGCCACUUUGCGUGACUCGAUGGACUUGGAUGGUGUGAUGUUCUUGGAUGCCUCUCGGAGCAAUUCUGGAGUGGUCCGUCCAGGUCAUUCAGGCUCCUGGGAACCCCUUCCGACCACCGCCAACCCGGAGUUUCUCGCCGAUCCGUAUCCGAGCCCAGUGGAUUUGCCUGGUGUAGGCUCGCUUUCCAAGGCUUCGGAGAGACCCUGCGAUGUGUUAGGAGAGGCGCGCCAUCCCUUGGCAGCCUCAUCCGUUGACCCGAACCCAGUGACAGAAGAUUUGUUAAAUCGUCUCGUGGCCGCCUACCCGCAUGGCCAGUUCAUCAACCUUCACGACGAGAUCGCCUCUGCCACGCCGUCGACACAAUCCAAUCCCGCCACGCCCUCGGAGGAGGCGUCCAAUCCAGCCUCAGAUGCACAACGGACGAACGUCGCAGCCCUGUGCCAUGAAUUGAGACAGUGUUUCCCCGACGCGUACUGCGUGCUCUUCUACCCGCUAUGGGAUUGGAACCGCGGCCGCUGGCUGGCGGGAACACUUGUCUGGACACAGGGCAGUGAUCGCGCACUAGACAUGGAAGAACUACAUUACUUCAAGGUCUUCGGCGAUUCUAUCAUAUCCGAGGUGGCGCGGGUGGAUUGGGCCACCAUCCAGCGAUCCAAGUCCGCCUUCAUCUCCUCGGUGAGCCAUGAAUUACGGUCCCCAUUGCAUGGCAUCUUAGCUAGCGCGGAACUGCUGCAAACGAGCCCGCUGGACCCCUCUCAAUUGCAUUGGAUGAGUAUGGUCCAGAGCUGCGGCUUGACUCUGCUUGAUACAUUGAACCAUCUCCUUGAUUUCGCUAAAAUCAACAACUUGACCACUGGGGAAGAGAGCGCGGUCGACAAAUCGUCUAAUUCAUCGCCAGUCAAUCUAAUGACCGUUUUCGACCUCGAUGAUUUGAUCGAGGAAGUAACCGAUGUGCAGUAUACUGGUCAGCGCCUGGGUCGGACAAUCAACCCGCUCACCCGCCGCCUCAUGCAUACGCCGUCCAAUGCGGCGCUUAAGGAUGGAGAGCUGACGGUGGUGGUGCGUGUGCAAGACCGACAGGCGUGGACGGUGCAAUCCGUAGCCGGGGCUUGGCGGCGUAUCGUCAUGAAUCUCCUUGGAAACUCCCUGAAAUGGACCAAGGCGGGUUUCAUUGAGGUAUCACUUUCCAAGGCACGGCGUAAAUCCGACCCCCAGUCGAUCUUCGCUCAUCUUACUGUUACCGACACCGGCCGUGGCAUUGCUCCCGACUUUCUGAAGCACAAGUUGUUUUCCCCAUUUGCGCAGGAAGAUACUCUUUCGGAAGGUCUGGGGUUGGGUUUCAGCAUUGUGCGGCAAUUGGUCUCCUCCCUCGAUGGCCACAUUAAUGUGCGCAGUGAAUUGGGUAUAGGGACCCAGGUGGAUAUUUACAUCCCCGUUCGUCUUAUGGCUUCAGGCAACGGGGGUGCAACACCAGGCGCAGGCAUAGUAUCACCACCUGUUGUGCCGACAGCCCCCAUGAGAUUCUCCCUUGUUGGCUUCGACAGCUAUCCACAUCCUCGCGACGUGCCGACUGGGAUUUUACCAGCCGAAGCCAAGCGUAAGCUGGCGAUUCGCAGCUCACUGACCUCGGUGCUGCUCAAACAGCCUGGUUGGACUCUGACCCAGGCCGAGUCGUUAGACGAUGCACAGGGGGAAGUUGUCGUGAUAGAGGAGGAAACCCUCAGCAAGGCUAUGGCUGCCGGCAAGGUACAGCCAACAAUGGGCGCUCCAGGCGGGUUCAGAUUUUACCUCGUCUUGGACAGCAAUCAGGAUCUGAUACGAGAUACCAUGGCACCGAACAUGAUUCGCGUAUCACAACCGUUUGGACCUCGAAAAUUUGACGAAGUGCUAAACCGCAUCCUCCUUCUAUUUUACGACUACAUCAAGAACCCGACCCCGUGUCAAACCCCGCUGUCUCCCCCAACGCUGGACCCUACACUCUCUCCGACUCCUGAUCUUUUCCAAAGCAUGCCACCGGCGUCAACACCCCCACUCGAUACCCAUCAGUCGCCUUCUUCUUCCUUCGCACCCACAAAACCUCUGAAAGAUGUACAUGUACUCAUCGUGGACGAUAAUGAUAUCAAUCUUAAGAUUCUUGCCACUUUCAUUCGCAAGUUAGGCUGCAGCUACGACACGGCCUCCAACGGCCUGAUCGCCCUUAAUACCUACAAAGACGGCACUCGUCGCCACGAUCUUGUUCUCAUGGCUUCAGAUAUCUCUAUGCCUGUGAUGGACGGCAUCACCUCAACCGAGCAAAUCCGUCAGUACGAAAAGCAAAUGGGCCUCAUCCCCACCCGCAUCAUCGCGGUUACCGGUCUCGGCUCGGCGGACCAGCAGCAAGAGGCGCUGGCCGCAGGAGUGGACGAGUACCUGGUCAAGCCCGUCUCCCUGAGCGGGCUGAAGAAAGUCAUGAAGAUUACCUAA